AUGAAUAAUAAAGAGAAUAUACCCACAACACCAAAGAGCAAAGAAAGCAGAAUUAUUUCCGCUGUUUCGCCGAUUAACAACCAAACGUUGAAACCAAUCUCACCUAACAAAGAGAAGAAUCAAAUUGGCAAAUUAAAUUUUUUGGAAACAGACAAUUUAGAUGAGCAUUUUGAACUUGUUCAUACCACUCAAGAAGAAAUCCGACAACGAUUGCACAAUAUUGAAUUGACAUCAAAGCAGACUAGUGUUGAUUUAGGACAAUUAUUUGAUAGACUGAAAAAUAACAAUGAAAAUUUGAAUAAACUAUUACGGAAUGUGGUGUCUUAUUCUGAAAAAGUAAUGACAGAAGGAAAUGCAACCAAAGCAGACAUGGAGAAAAUUUUGACUCGGUUGGAUAAGCUUAGCGAGGCAAGAAGCAAAUCUGAAAGUCUGAAAGUGGGAAUUUCUGAUAGUUCUAUUGAAGAAAUUUGUGAAGCAAUAGGACAGGUAUUCAGUGCCAAUCAGAAGAACCACGGGGAUGCUGACAAAUUGACUAUACUCAAAGAAGAAGUAUCUAGAAUAAAGGAUAUCAUCAGCAAACAUAAUGAAGUUGUUAGUUCUCAAUUAAAGUCGCAUGAUACGAAACAAAGCGAAUUGGCAAAUCAUUUAGAUUCAUACUUGCAAGAAUCAAAAGGAAACAUUGAAAUCUUACAUAAAAUACUUUCAUUUAUUGAAACAAGGGGAUCUGAUUUGCAACAGUUCAAAGAAAUUAAUUCACAACUACAAAAUCUAGAGACAGUCAGUAAUGCAUUACAAGACAAAUUGCCUGCUUCAGAUUUGGUUAAUCAAAUAACAAGCCCAAUAGUAGCAGAAAUUAAGGCGAUGUCUCUAGACUCUAAGUAUUUGACUUCAUUUGAAGGUAUUUCGGCGGCUAUUGAUAAAUUAAGAGAGACAAUUGAGGAAGGACCUAAGUCAGAAGUUAUACUCGAAAAGUUAGAGAAGCUUGCGGGAGAAAAGAACACCAGCAAUACUCUACUAGAGAAAGAGCAGGAAAUGGAAAACAAGAUUCGGAAAAUGGAAGACAAGUAUGCUUUGCUUAGUACAAGAUAUGAGGAAAAGCUUCAACAGUAUAAAGAUUUACUGAUCAAGUAUCAACAGUUACAAGCACAAAUUGAGGACACUCAAAUGCCCCAAAAUAAUCGAGAAUCAAAAAUGGAAAAAUUGAGAAAUUUUCAUAAACUUAAAAUUGGGGAAAUUGAGCAAAGUGAAUUCAUCAACGAAAGGAAACGUAUCGCUAGUACUCCAGUUGUGCAAACUAGAAAUAUUCAAUUUACCAACAAUUCAGAUGAAGACUGA